AUGGAUGAUGAGCACAACCUCAACGAAGAUGCGACAAUCAAUACCGAUAAUGCUGCAGGGUCGCAGCCAGAUGAAAAGGAUGAAAAAGAUGAUGAUGAUGAUGCACACAUGGACACAAACCUUGACUCACCUGCCGCUGACAACCCAUUCACAACAGCCGGCGCAAGCACCCAACCCCAACCGCCCUCAACCCCCAUAACCAUCCCCCAGGGUCAGAGUAUCUUCGCCAAUCCUCCAUCUCUGGGCCUUAUGAGGGAACGACUGUUUGAGAUCAACGACACCAUUGAGUUCUCAGCACAAGACUUUGAAAGAUACUGGCCAUUCAUCGACAAUGUCUGGAUCAGAAAUCGUGCUGCCUCAACAUCCAAGGAGACCAAUUCCGUGACUGAGUGGUAUCAAUGCAGAUUACGAAAAGCCAACGACAGGACACCUUACGUGCCCAGGCCCACUCCCGAGGGCAAGGUUGGGCGGAAGAAGAGAGUAAGAGAGAAUGUGUCAUGUGAGAUGACCCUUAGAGUUGUCCGAAUAGAAGGAGCGACUACAAGCUAUAGGAUUCUGCGCGGUGGUGCCAAAGAUGUCAAACAUAGUCAUGAUCUGGAUUAUGUCGAUGGGGUUAAGCGCAACUCUGGGAUCAUGGACACCGCACGAAGAGAAGGCAUCAAAGGCUAUCAACCAUCAUCAACUUUCCAUCGCAUGUGGGCAGAGCCCGAAAAGAUGCUGGAGGCAGGAGGAAAGUUCUUGAAGAUAUCCGACUGCAGAAAUGUCACCAUGACUUGGCGCAAUGAGAACCCAACUGUUGUGUUGAAGGUCCAUGACGGCUUUGCCUCGAGGGUAUCAACCGGUCCAAAACCACGAAACCCUACGACCCCUACCACAAUUGCUCAUGGUACUGCUUAUCAAUCAAUGACACCGACCAAGGCGGGUCUUCCAACACCUGUACUUCCUCAGGACACACUCCAAUACCCGGCGCAUGCUCGAGAUUUUCUUGAGCCAUAUCUUCCUCCACAGACGAACACCACUUCUACAGCCCCUCAUGUUACUCUGACUUAUGCCUCCAGUCUUGACUCCCGGAUCGCCCUUGCGCCAGGUCUUCGCACAGCCUUGUCGGGUCCAGAGGCGAAAGCCAUGACACACUAUUUGCGCUACCGCCAUGAUGCCAUUCUUGUUGGUGUUCGAACCGCUCUCAUAGAUAACCCAGCUUUAAACUGUCGCCUGGAAGGAGCAGGUGGUUAUGGCGGAAAGGCGGGUGCAAAUCAACCACGGCCCAUUAUCGUGGAUCCCCAUGCUCGACUGGUCAUCCAUCCAGACAUGAGAAUGCUACAGAUGGUCAAGCAGGGCAAAGCCAAGGGUCCUUGGAUCAUCAUUGCGUCAAACACCUCACCUCAUCCAGUUGCUGUCCGUAUUCUAAAGGCGCAUCACGGUGAAUAUAUCAAAGUUCAUUAUGGGUACCAUCCAGGUGAACCGGCGGGUUUCGACUGGCCAAGCAUUUUUGGCAUUCUCCACAAUGAGGGCAUCAAGAGCGUCAUGGUCGAGGGUGGUGGAUGUGUUCUUAGCGAGCUGUUGAGAGGUCAACAUUCAAGUCUGAUCAGUUCACUCAUUGUCACUGUCGCGCCCACGUUCUUAGGCAAAGGGGGUGUGCCGGUUUCUCCUGAUCCCCGAUUCGAUACACAAGGUCAACCAAUGGCUACAAGGCUGAGGGACGUCAAGUGGCAGGCGAUGGGUCAGGACGAUGUCAUCAUGUGUGGAAAGAUUGGAGGGGUGCAACCACCUGCGGCUAAUGGCAAUGGGCUGCUCGAUGGUAUUGAAGAAUUCUCGCAGCAAGCUGUUGCCAAUGGUCCGGCGGCGGCGGCGGCGGAGCAGGCGGGCGCAUCGAAUGCUUCGGCUCCAUAA